GGCAUUGUGGGAAGGCGAGAGGAGCUGACACGGCCGCAGCUGAUGGCCAACGGCCGCUCCAUUUGACAAAUAUAUCCACAUUUCAGCAUGUUUUACCCGAGGAUGCCUCUCAAACGCGUCGAUCUGCAGCGUGUGUGAGCCGGGGACACAUGAGCCCGGCCCCUCGCCUCUCCUGCGCUUCGGGAGAGAUCCAGCGGGACAUAGUGUUCAUGGACCGACGCGUUUUGGCAGGAUUUUCGUAAAGGGAGACGAAUAAACGUCGAUUUUCUGAGUGAGCUGGGGGCGAAUGCUAACCUGCAUUCCUUAAGAUCUAAACCUGAUUAUUGUAUUUGUCUAAAACACCGUCACGAUGUCGACGAGCAGCCCCGAAGCCGUGAAGAAAUUGCUGGAGAACAUGCAGACGGACUUGCGCUCUCUGUCCAUGGAGUGCAAGAAGAAAUUCCCCCCCGUCAAAGAGGCCGCCGAGUCGGGGAUUGUGAAGAUUAAGACCAUUGCAGCCAGGAACACGGACAUACUGGCAGCUCUGAAGGAGAACAGCUCGGAGGUGGUGCAGCCCUUCCUCAUGGGCUGCGGAACCAAAGAGCCCAAAAUCACACAGCUCUGUCUCGCCGCCAUCCAAAGACUCAUGUCGCACGAAGUGGUGUCCGAGGCGGCUGCGGGAAACAUCAUAAACAUGCUGUGGCAGCUGAUGGAGAACGGGUUAGAAGAACUGAAGCUGCUGCAGACUGUCCUCGUGCUCCUCACCACCAACACUGUGGUUCAUGAUGAAGUCCUCUCCAAGGCUAUUGUGCUGUGUUUCCGACUGCACUUCACCAAAGAUAACAUCACAAACAACACGGCGGCUGCUACGGUCAGACAGGUGGUCACUGUGGUGUUUGAGCGCAUGGUGGCUGAGGACGAAAGGUUCAAAGGCAUUGUGGAGCAGCCUCCUCCAGUCCAGGGAAACACUAAUCGUCGGUCUGUCAGUACUCUCAGACCCAGUGCAAAGGACGCAUACAUGCUGUUUCAGGAUUUGUGCCAGCUGGUGAAUGCAGACGCCCCCUACUGGCUGGUGGGCAUGACUGAAAUGACAAGGACAUUUGGCCUGGAGCUUCUUGAGUCUGUCCUCAAUGACUUCCCUGGAGUAUUUCUGCAGCACCAGGAGUUCAGUUUCCUGUUGAAGGAGCGGGUGUGUCCUCUCGUCAUAAAGCUCUUCUCUCCAAACAUAAAGUUUCGUCAAGGCAGCACCAGCGCAGCCUGCCCCGCUCCUGUCGAGAAGCCCUACUUCCCCAUCUGUAUGAGGCUGCUCCGGGUCGUCUCUGUGCUCAUCAAGCACUUCUACAGUCUGCUGGUGACUGAGUGUGAGAUCUUCUUGUCUCUUCUGGUGAAGUUUCUUGAUGGAGAGAAGCCGCAGUGGCUCCGAGCUGUGGCUGUAGAGUCUGUGCACAGGCUCUGUGUACAACCGCAUUUGUUACGUUCUUUUUGCCAGUCUUAUGACAUGAAGCAGCACUCCACCAAAGUUUUCCGGGACAUCGUGAAUGCGUUGGGCUCCUUCAUCCAGUCUCUCUUCAUUGUCCCGAAUGCAGGCAACGUGGCGGCCAUCAAUGCACCAGCAGGUGGCUCAGGCACAGGUCCACAGGGCUCAGUCCCGGGUGGUCCUGGUGCAGGAGGGUCCAGUGGGAGCCUCAGCACUCAGGCAGCGUUUGAAUACCGUGGCACGUGGAUCCCCCUGCUGCCCGUCAGUGUGCAGGGCAGCGCCAAGGCCACAUAUCUUGAGAUGCUGGACAAAGUGGAGCCCCCCUCCAUCCCUGAGGGCUAUGCCAUGUCUGUGGCCUUCAGCGCUCUGCUGGACCUGGUCAGAGGCAUCACCAGCAUGAUCGAGAGAGAGCUGUCAGCAGAGGACCAGUCUGCAGCAGAGUUCAGAGAGACUCAUCCAGACCAGGAGUGGGAACCUCCUACAGGAGCCCACUUGGUUUGGGAGGAGAUGGUCAGUGCGUGCUGGUGUGGUCUUUUGGCAGCACUAUCUUUGCUGCUAGAUGCCAGCACGGAUGAGACGGCGACAGAGAACAUUUUGAAGGCGGAGCUGACCAUGGCGUCUCUGUGUGGUCGUCUGGGUUUGGUCACUCCACGAGACGCAUUCAUCACGGCUAUCUGCAAGGCUUCUCUGCCCCCUCACUAUGCCCUCACGGUCCUCACCACCAACGCCAACAGCAUCUCCAGCAAAGCCUACUCCAUCCAGGGCCAGAAUGUGCAGAUCAUCAGCCCCUCCAGUGAGUCCCACCAGCAGGUGGUGGCAGUGGGGCAGCCUCUGUCCGCUCAGCCCCAAGGCACUGUGGUGCUGACUGCCAAGAACAUCCAGUGCAUGCGGACCCUGUUGAACCUGGCCCACUGUCAUGGAGCUGUUUUGGGCUCGUCCUGGCAGCUCGUACUCGCCACACUGCAGCAUUUAGUCUGGAUUCUUGGUCUGAAACCUGCAGUGGGCGGUGCCUUAAAACCUGGUCGAGCUGUUGAGGGCCCAAGUACGGUGCUGACGACCGCGGUGAUGACAGAUUUACCUGUGAUCUCCAACAUCCUCUCCAGACUGUUUGAGAGCUCACAAUACCUUGAUGAUGUGUCUCUGCAUCACCUGAUCAACGCGCUCUGCUCCCUCUCACUGGAAGCGAUGGAAAUGGCCUAUGGAAACAACAAGGAGCCAUCUUUGUUUGCUGUGGCCAAAUUGCUGGAGACAGGUUUAGUCAACAUGGACCGUAUUGAGAUUUUGUGGAGGCCACUAACAGGACAUCUACUCGAGGUUUGUCAGCACCCAAAUGCCCGCAUGAGGGAGUGGGGGGCAGAGGCGCUGACUUCACUCAUUAAAGCUGGACUGGCCUACAAGCAUGAUCCUCCACUCUCACAAAACCAGCGGUUGCAGCUCCUGCUCCUGAACCCUCUGAAGGAGCUGUCGAACGUGCUUCAUGCAGACAUCAGACAGAAGCAGCUGGAGAGUGUGCUGCAGAUCCUUCAGAGCCAGGGUGACGGGCUGGGGCCCGGCUGGCCCCUGGUGCUGGGCGUCAUUGGGGCCAUACGCAAUGACCAGGGGGAGUCCUUGAUCAGAACAGCCUUCCAGUGCCUGCAGUUGGUGGUGACAGACUUUUUACCUACAAUGCCUUGCACCUGUCUCCAGAUUGUAGUAGAGGUUGCCGGGAGCUUUGGUCUGCAGAACCAAGAGCUCAACAUCAGCCUCACCUCCAUCGGCCUUCUGUGGAAUAUUUCAGACUACUUCUUCCAGAGAGGAGAGGUGAUCACGCAGGAGCUGGAGAGAGAGGAGGAGGCCUUACAGAAGCAGGCCCAAGAGAGAGGGGAAACCCUGAACAGGCCCUUCCACCCAGCCCCUCCCUUCGACUGCCUCUGGCUCUGUCUUUACGCCAAACUGGGCGAGCUCUGCGUGGACCCCCGACCCGCUGUCCGCAAGAGCGCUGGACAAACCCUGUUCUCCACCAUCGCGGCGCACGGGACCCUCCUCCAGCAGCCCACCUGGCACAUCGUGGUCUGGAAGGUCCUGUUCCACCUGCUGGAUUGUGUGCGCACGUCGUCGACCACAGCGGACAAAGAGAAGAUCGAGUCUGGAGGAGGGAACAUCCUGAUCCACCACUCCAGGGACACGGCAGAGAAACAGUGGGCAGAGACCUGGGUCCUGACUCUGGCUGGAGUCGCUCGCAUCUUUAACACUAGGAGAUAUCUUCUACAGCAGCUGGGUGAUUUCUUCGAGGCCUGGGAGGUGCUGCUGAACCACAUCCAGUCAGCUGCUCUCAGUAAAAACAAUGAAGUUUCUUUAGCUGCAUUGAAGAGCUUCCAGGAAAUCCUCCAAAUCGUGACACCCGUGAAGGACUCAGACAGAGCCGGGGACGCACUCGCUGCUAUGGGGGUCCCGCCUGUCCUCAUAGACCCCCUCUCUGCCUCCGGACCAGGAAGACCACUGGUGAGGUCGGAUUCUCUGGUGGAACGUCUCACUCGGUACAAUGGAGCUGAGAUGCAGGCCCCUCCUCCCGGUGAAGAAUCAGCCUUAGAAGACUCUGCACUGUGGUGGUCCGCUUGGAAUACAUGGUACAAAACUGGGACAGAGAGUACGAGGCCCCCUACUGGUCCGACUGAGAAACUAUCUUUUAUCCCGAGCCAGCCUUACCUGACGGCGUUGAUCCAGAUUUUCCCGGCUCUUUACCAGCAUAUCAAAGCGAACUUCAGCAUGGAGGAUCUGAAGAAGUUGGGGGUGAUUUUGCACGGGGCGGUGUCUGUGCCCAUAAGCAGUGAUGCGUCACCCUUCAUCCUGCCCUCCUACACUGAAGCAGUGCUCACCAGUCUACAGGAGGCUGUGCUCACCGCGCUGGACGUCCUGCAGAAGGCCAUCUGUGUGGGCCCCGACAGCCUGCAGGUCAUGUACCCGGCCAUCUUUGAACAGCUGCUGCGCUUCGUGGAGUUCUCCUGCAAACCUCCCACGUACGGCCGAGUGGAGACCAAGCACGUGGCCAACGCUAAGUACAACCAGAUCCAGCUCUUUGCACCGGCGGAAUGGGUGGCCUUAAACUACGUGCCCUUCGCAGAGCGCUCCCUAGAGGUGGUGGUGGACCUCUACCACAAAACAGCAUGUCACAAAGCAGUCAUCAAUGAAAAAGUUUUGCAGAAUAUUAUCAAGACACUCCGAAUGCCUCUUGGCCUGAAGUACUCGUGUCCUUCGGAGAGUACGUGGAAGCUGGCGGUGUCCUCCCUGCUCAAAGCCCUCUCCAUCGGGCUGCCUGUGGCCCGGCAGCACGCCUCCUCGGGGAAGUUCCACACCAUGUGGCCGGAGCUGGCGAAUGCCUUUGAAGACUUUCUCUUUACCAAAAGCACACCCCCAGAUAACCUCUCCAUUCAGGAAUUUCAAAAGAAUGAAGCCAUUGAUGUAGAGGUGGUUCAGCUGAUCAGCACCGAGAUUUUACCUUUUGCCAAUUUCAUCCCUAAAGACUUUGUUGGUCAGAUCAUGGCUAUGCUCAACAGAGGAUCCAUCCACUCCCAGUCUCCUUCAUUCACAGAAGCAGAGAUUGACGUGCGGAUGCGUGAGGAGUUUUCAAAGGUGUGCUUUGAGACGCUGCUGCAGUUUUCCUUCAGUAACAAAGUGUCCACGCCUCAGGAGGGCUACAUCUCGCGCAUGGCUCUGUCUGUGCUGCUCAAAAGGUCCCAGGACGUCCUCCGGAGAUACGUGGACGAUGAGAGGCUGAGCGGACGCUGCCCUCUGCCCAGGCAACAAGUCACAGAGAUUAUAUUUGUCUUGAAAGCAAUCAGCACUUUGAUGGACUCCCUAAAGAAGACACAGCCUGAAAAUGUGGACAGUAACACGUGGGCGCAGGUGAUCGCCCUGUACCCCACUUUGGUGGAGUGCAUCACCUGUUCGUCGUCUGAAGUUAGCUCCGCCCUCAAAGAAGCUCUGGGGCCCUUUAAAGACUUUAUGCAACCUCCCAUCUCCAGAGUUCAAAACGGGGAAUCAUGACCCACCUGUUUGAAUUAUUAAUAAUAUAAUUUCCUUUUUUAAUAAAUGAAGAAAUCUUGAAUGUGAUCCACAAACUUCACAAGUGCACAGACAUUGAAUUCAACUCCAGCGCCAUGAAGCCAAACUUACUGAAGAGAGAUUGAAAACAAAAACUUUUACCGACAAUAUUUCUUCUCAUCUGCUCCAUUCUCACAACAGACUGGCUUGUUUCACUACAAUGAUUUGGGAAAAUUGCUGAGUUUUUCCCCGGAUGACGUCGAUGGAUAAAUGUAAAAUGUGUGGUAAAAAUGAUUGAAAUUUAAAAUACUAAGAAUGAAAAACUGGGGCUUUAUUAUUUGAUCUUAAUGAAUUUUCAGUCAGGAUUUUAUGCAACAAAAAAACUACUGUAUUUACUGUAACAUUCCACGUCAUUUUCAGCCAGCCAUUUGAGAAGGGAUGUACCUGUCUUUAAAUAAAUACGACAGUUUCAACCAUUAGAA